AUGGGCCCCUGUCUUAACAACAGCUCCAAUCGUCGACUUAAAAUUUUUCUUGGACGAUUCCGUGUUCAAACCGCAAUUUCAGGUAAAAUAGAAGAAACGCCAGAUUUUAGUGACAGAACGAAAGUCAGACGGUCACGUAUCACCUUCAGUCCGCAACAGCUUCAUGUACUGGAGUCGAUAUUCUUGGCCACUCCGUACCCAGAUGUGGCCACUCGUGAGGAGCUCGCCUCAAGGCUAUUUCUUUCUGAGACAAGAAUUCAGGUAUGGUUUCAAAACCGCCGCGCCAAAAUGCGCAAAGACACAAGGAUCACAAGGCAAUGCAACAAUUGGUUCCUUCCUUCUUUUCUCCAUUCUCAGCAGUAUCAUCAUCCGAAUACAACGGCUGUAUGUAGCACUGUAUCCGAGCAUCAAAACGAAGCCGACAUGCCCAUGGAUUUGUCUUUGAAGUUUACAAAUGAAGCCGAUUGUCCCAAUCGAAAACAGUGA